AUGACAGAACAAUUACUGAGUGAUAAUGUUGGAAUCUUUAACAUUGGUUCAUUUAAAACCAAAAUCGGAUAUGCUAAUAAAGAAGCACCUGAAGAAGUGUUUAAAAGUGUUGUUGGAUACUUAAAAUGUGUGUAUUAUGGUUGUGGGCAGGCAAUAAGAGAUACUUAUGUUGGUAAAUAUUUUAUUCACAAUUGUUAUUCAAUGAAUUUGAAAUAUCCAGUCCAACGUGGUUUAGUUAGUGACCGAGAUAAUUUUGAUUAUAUUGUUCAUUAUAAAUCACCAGUUUUGUUAACAGAAUCAAUAAAUUACACCAAAACAACAAGAAAAAAUCUUUGUAUGACUAUGUUUGAAGGGUUUAAUUGUCCAUAUUUUUGUCUUGUUUCGCAGCCAGUAUUAUCAUUGAUGUCGACUGGUCAAAGUACCGGUUAUUGUGUUGAAUGUGGUGAUGGAAUAACACAAUUUGUACCAAUUUAUGAAGGUUCAUAA